AUGGUGUCCCUGUGGCCCUUCAAGGGCGACGACACCUCCCCGGCCUCCUUCGAAAAGGCCCUAGCCACUCUCUCUACCAAAAUCGCCCGCGCGACCACCCGACUCGACCGUCACCGCCAACACGCCCGCCGCUUCAAAGCCCUCUGGACCCUCUACACCACCUUCGCCUACCUCCUCUACUCCAUCAUCCUGGCCCUUGUCCUGGGAUGGCAGAACUGGGGCAUCUCCGAAUACGCCGCCAUUCUCGGCGGCCCUGUCCUCAUCUAUCUCGUCCGCAAGACCGCCACUCUCUACUACGACUACCGCGUCAACAACACCCAAUCCUACCUCGACGCCCUCCACUCCCAGCGCGACGAGACCAUCGAGCGCCUGAAAAAGGCCACUCUCUUCAACACCACCCAGCAGAUCCUCGAGAAAUACGGCAACGAAUCGCCCAAAUCCUCUCCCAAGUCCACCACCACCUCCUCCCCCAACAACAACAACAAACCCUCAGCUGAGAAACGCGGCGGAGGAGCAGGCGGAAAACGCAAACAACCCCAACCGGCCCCCGUGCAACGCACCGGCCUUCCCCCACCGCCCACCGCCAACAUCCGUCGACCCACCCCCAACCAGCACCAGUACGAACAACAGCAAUCUCUCUCCCCACUCCCCAAUCCUACCGGGGCAGGGCCAGGGCCAGGGGCGCUCGAGCCCGGAUUCGCGCCCAACGCCUUCCCCGCCGCGCCGCAGCAGUACAUCGAGUCCUCGCACUGGUACGACCGGCUCCUGGACGUGUUACUCGGGGAGGACGAAACGCAGCCCAAGAACCGACUCGUGCUGAUCUGCGUCGCGUGCCGGCAGGUCAACGGCCAGGCACCGCCCGGAGUGAAGAGCCUGGAGGAGCUGGGCCGCUGGCGCUGUGGCAGCUGCGGAGCCUGGAAUGGCGAGGAAAGCGUGGCGAAGAAGGUCCUGGCUGGGAUGCGAAAUGCGCCGUCGACGCCCCAGCGCCAGCUGAAGCAGACGCAGAAGCCGCAGCUAUCGGAGGAGGAGGAGGAGGGCGGCGCGUGGGAACCCGUCUCGGUCGAUCGCGAGAAUCGCGCAUCCCGGGGCGCGGGCGCGGGCGGGGACGUCACGGAUGAGGGGGUCCUGGUGGCUGCUAGCGAGGAUGAGCAGGGCGAGGGCGGCUCGCAUACCAGUUCUGGGGCUGAGACUCCGGACGAGCAGGACCACGACCAGGAGGUCAAAGCUGAAGAUGAAGAUGAAGAGGAGGAGGAACCUCCGCGCCGGCAGACGAGAUCGACUCGUGCAAAGAGGAAGGGGUGA